AUGGCACUCUUCAGUCUAACGCAAGAAGGCGGCUUUCAGCUGUGGACCCUCUACAUCGCCUUCCUGAUCAUUUACCGUCGCAUCUUCCACCCCCUUGCAAAGUUUCGCGGGCCCUUCUUGAACUCAGUGUCAGAGAUCCCAGCUGGCCUAGCGCUCCUGCGCGGGAGAUUUGCCUUCGAAAAUAAAUUGAACCAUGAGGAAUAUGGAUCUGUGUUUCGACUCGGCCCCAACGAGCUCACCUUCAAUUCGGCGCAAGCCUACCAAGAUAUCUACGGAUUCCGCCAAGGACACCAGAACAUGCGCAAGUCACCGAUUCAUACGGGACCAGUCCAAGUUGGUUCCACCACGACUGUUCAAUAUGCCGUUGAGGAUUCCGAUCAUGGCCGCCAGAGGCGUGCGUUGAGUCAUGCCUUUUCCAUGCAAGCACUGAUGGAGCAGGAACCAAUAGUUCAAGACUAUGUGAGCAAGUUUGUCGAAAACUUCCGCAGGUUUGCUAGGGAGGGAAAGGAGUUCAAUAUCGGUGAUUGGUUCUGCUACUUCACCUUCGACACAAUGGGUGACCUGAGUUUUGGUGACAGCUUCGGCUGUCUCGAGCAUGGGGAGUACCAGGAAUGGGUCUCAUAUCUCUUCCACACCAUCAAGGAUGGAGCUUUGAUACAGGGCACGAGACAACAGAAGCGACUAAAGGCUAGCAACAUCGAGCACCGAGACUUUAUCUGGUAUAUCCUCAAGCAGGCAGAGAAGUUCGACCUAAAGCACGACGAGAUCAUCGCCAAUUCAGGUCUUUUCAUUAUCGCCGGCAGCGAGACAACCGCCACCGCCCUCUCCGGCCUCAUGGCUCGACUGAUCUGGAAUCCGCAGUGCUACGCGAAGCUCGCCCAGGAGAUCAGGUCCACAUUCGCAAACGAAGAAUCUAUCACGUUCAAUGCCAUCGUGAAUCUUCCAUAUCUGAACGCCUGCAUUGAGGAAGUCCUUCGCAUACAUCCACCGGUUCCCGCAGGCCCGCCUCGCGUGGUGCCCCCGGGUGGAGACUCUAUCGACGGCUAUUGGGUGCCCGGUGGCGUUACCGUAUCGGUUGGAGCAUGGGCCUCAUCGCACAAUCCCCUCCAUUUCCGGGACCCAGACGCGUUUAUUCCGGAGAGGUGGUUGGAUCCGGCGUACGAUUCCGAUGUGAAGAAGGCGACGCAGGCAUUCUCACUGGGUCCUAGGAACUGCAUUGGAAAGAAUCUUGCGUACAUGGAGAUGCGCAUCGUGCUUGCGCGGAUGCUCUGGAACUUCGAUGUUAUCUCAACAGACGGAGCGCCGCUGUGGAACCCGGAGGGAGAGAUGAAGUACAAGAAAGCGUUCAUGGUGUGGGAGAAGUCUGUUGUGAUGGUCAGAAUGCGUGACUUGCGAGCAUGA